AUGGAGAAGCUUCUUCUGGGUGUCCUGCUCCUCGCCUUUCUCCCAGAGGGCAUGACGCAGAAAGACUUGAGAGGGAAGGUGUUUAUUUUCCCUGAACAGUCAGACACAUCCUACGUGACCCUGAUCCCCAGGGUGAGGAAGCCGCUGAGGAGUUUUACUCUGUGCCUGAAAGCCUUCACAGACCUCACUCGCCCCUACAGCCUCUUCUCCUACAGCACUAAGUCUAGAGACAAUGAGCUGCUUCUCUUUGUCAGCAAAGUGGGAGAGUACGAACUGUACAUAGGGAACACUAAGGUCACUUUCAAGGUCCCCCAACCCCGUUAUGGCCCGGUCCAUCUCUGUGUCAGCUGGGAGUCUGUCUCUGGGAUUGCUGAACUCUGGGUGAACAGCAGGCCUGUGGGGAGGAAGGGCUUGAGGAGAGGAUACACUUUGCGAGAAGAUGCAAGAAUCAUCUUGGGACAGGAGCAGGAUUCAUUUGGGGGAAACUUUGAUGCCAAACAAUCCUUUGUUGGGGAGAUCUGGGAUGUGUCCUUGUGGGAUCAUGUGGUCUCCAUAAGGAACUUGUGCUCCACCUGUUACACCGGCAACAUCUUGAACUGGAAGGCCCUGAUUUAUCAAGCUAAAGGCUAUGUGGUGGUGAAGCCCAAGUUGUAG